GUGCGCGCGUUUCCCUCCCGCCGCUGGGUGAGCCAUGGCCGCCUCCUCCGCGCGGCCCGCCGUCCUGGCCCUGACCACGCUGGCGCUGUUCCUGCUGCUGUGUCUGGGCCCAAGUGCCAUACAUGGAAGCAAACUCAAGCUGAUGCUUCAGAAACGGGAAGCACCUGCUCCAAAGAAAACUGAUGUGGCUGUGGACGAGAGCAAAGCCAAAAGCUUCCUGGGCAGCCUGAAGCGGCAGCGGCGGCAGCUGUGGGACCGCACCCGGCCGGAGGUCCAGCAGUGGUACCAGCAGUUCCUCUACAUGGGCUUCGACGAGGCGAAAUUUGAAGAUGAUGUCACCUACUGGCUAAACAGAGAUCGGAAUGGUCAUGACUACUAUGAUUACCACCGUCACUACGACGAGGACGCCCCCAUUGGUCCCCGGAGCCCCCACAGUGCUCGGCACGGAGCCAGCGUCAACUACGACGACUACUGACCCCUGUCCUGCCGCGUACGAGGAGCCAGGGGUCCUCCUUCCUCUUCCCAGUG